UUGUUUUGUUUGUUCGUCUCUCCCGAAGCGCAUCAUCUGAUCCGAUCCCUUUGGUCCCAGGAAAAGAUGUGGAACCAUCCGUACGGGAAGCAUGACUUGGAGUCGGGACCCAGGCCUCUCUAUCCUAUGAUGCUUGAGAGCCCCGAACUCCGUUGGUCUUUCAUCCGAAAGGUAUAUUCUAUCAUCUCUAUCCAGCUUCUCGCCACCAUCGCCGUCGCCUCCGUCGUCGUCACCGUUCAUCCCAUCUCCACUUUCUUCACCACCACCGGCGCCGGCCUCGCUCUCUACGUUCUUCUCAUUUUCACUCCUUUGAUUGUUUUGUGUCCGUUGUAUUAUUAUCACCAGAAACAUCCUGUGAAUUAUCUUCUUCUCUCUGUUUUCACCAUCUCCCUCGCGUUUGCGGUUGGAUUGACCUGUGCAUUUACAAGCGGGAAGGUCAUUCUCGAGUCUGUGAUUUUGACGACUGUUGUCGUCUUAUCGCUCACUGGGUACACAUUCUGGGCUGCGAAGAGGGGCUACGACUUCAACUUCCUGGGACCCUUUUUGUUUGGUGCCAUCCUUGUGCUUAUGGUGUUUGCCUUGAUCCAGAUUCUCUUCCCGUUGGGAAAGAUCUCGGUGAUGAUCUAUGGUUGUUUGGCAUCCAUCAUCUUCUGCGGCUAUAUUGUUUACGAUACGGACAAUCUGAUCAAGCGAUAUUCUUAUGAUGAGUACAUCUGGGCUGCAGUGUCUCUUUAUCUGGACGUGAUCAAUCUCUUCCUGUCUUUGCUCACUGUGUUUAGAGCUGCUGAUAGCUAAGUUGGCCAUAUUCCAAUUCGACUUUACCUGCUUUAUUGAAUGCCAUAUAAUUCUUGUCCAUUUCAUGUGUCAGGAUUCUUUUAUCUGCAAGGAAAUCUGGGUUGUAAAGAGUAGUU